AUGGAGUCGAUGUCCAAGCGUGCUCGGUCCACCACUUUGGACCCGGAGAGACUGGAUGUGUGGAACCGCAUGGUGAAAAAGCUGAUGGCACUGGUGAUCCCUAUCAACCUCCUGAUGGAACAGGCCCUACGUUUGCCGACCGGCAACCACAAGAAGAUGAUGGCCACCCUGGUGGAGAAGAUGGAGAUGGAGGACUUGAUCCAUGCCCGGGAGUUGAUCGCGGUGCAGAUUCGGAAGCUUCAGCUUUGUCAAGAUCUACGGGACUCCGAGGACUUCAUCGUCAUGACGGACCUGGACGACGUCGAGGUGAUCGAGCCUACAUCAAUGACUUCAAGGACACCAACGACUCCGGCGACGGCGACUUCCAGGACUUUGACGACAAGACGUGCCAUGCCAGCAGCCAGCAGUUCGUUGGCUCCCAGCGAAGCCAUGACACAGGGAUCAACGGGCACCAAUGGAGCCGGGAAGGUGGGAGAUGUGAAGGGCCUGGAGAUUGUCUUCGGCUACAUCCCUCCAUGCCAUUGCGGACAUCAAGCCCGACUUCACUUGAGUCGCACGGAGAAGAACUUCGAGAAGUUCUUCUCUUGCGAUGCCCACGAUGUGACAGCUUGGAAGUACAAGGAUCAGGGAGAGGGAGCAGUUCCUGCGGCAGAAGCCCUACAGGACAUUGUUCAGAACACCUGCCAGCACAAGAACACGACCAAGCAGGGAUCCAACGGGGACGUCGAGCGGGUGACAUGCAAGAUGUGCGGCAAGCUCCUGUCGGUCAAGUCCCGCAAGGAGAUCAAGGAAAAGAAGACCAGUUCUUCGACCGGAACCACUGCGGAUUUCGAGGAGUACCAGAAGUUUCCCGAAUGGAAGAAACACCAAAAGAAGUAUUUGAAAAGCGUGAGACCCGGACUUGUGACCAUUGCACCACCUUGCAAGUUGUUUUCCCAACUUCAAAACUUGUCGAUGAAAAAGAGAUAUCGCAGUAAAGAACUCAUGCAAAAGUAUCUUGAAGACAAACAAGAAGCCAUGGAGUUGUUGGAGUUUGCGAUUUCCGUUUGCCUUUUGUGUCAAGAACUUGGCAUCAAAUUCGUGAUCGAACAUCCAUUUACUGCCACUUCAUGGCAAACCCCCGCCAUGCAGAAGCUUUUGAGGAAUCCACUUUUCUACUUUUCUCGUGCUGAUCAAUGCGAGUAUGGACUACGAGGACCACGUGGAGGGCUGCAUCGAAAGGCAACUGGCUUCGUCACCAACUGCAAGGAGAUUUCCAUGGUCUUACGGCGAAGAUGCUCUGGCGAACAUGAACAUGAGGUCAUCAUCGGGGGAAAGGUCUCCGAACUGGCACAGAGAUAUCCCAAGAGACUCAUUGACCAAAUCUUGGGAGCCUACCAGAAGAGCAUUUGCGAGACUGUGGAAUUGAUGUCACUCCACAAUGUUGUGGCGGAAAACCAACGAAUAGAUCAGCUGCUGAGAGACUGCCUCCAAGGAGUUCAAGGAGAGAAGCCGACUCCGGGAGAAGAACAUCAUUCACCAGAAGUUCCAGGAGAUGACGGAGGACAACAACGAGAUGCUGACCAACUUCCGCAUUGUGGAGUUUAUCAAGAUGAUACAGAAUUUGGAGAUGACAUCAUUCUAAAGUACUUCGACGUUGCCAAGAACCACCCGGUGGUACUGUCCUUCAACGUGAUACAGUAUGUCAACGCGAUCCAGAAUGUCAAGAAGCUGCGGUUCUUCGAGGUGACAAGGAAUGUCCAGGAGAGCUGA